GAAACAUUUCCCACUAUUUGUUUGUGAUGUUUGUUUGCCUUUGUACCGCUGUCAAAGCUGCAUACAGACUCGAACAAAUGUGAAUCCAUGUCGAUCGAAUCGUGAAUUAUUGCGGAGAAAAACACUCUACAUUGUUAUCAAUUGUUUUCACGUAGAAUUCAUUCAGACAUCAUGAGAUUGGUCAAACCGGAAUUUGUCAAUCACGAUGGGAAUCCGAUAUUUUCCAUUGACAUACACCCGGAUGGAACGAGAUUCACCACCGGUGGACAAGGUAGCGAUGGAACUGGACAGGUUGUGAUUUGGAAUUUAUUGCCGGUUAUCGAUGAAACUGCAGAAAAAUCCAGUGGCAUUACACAGAAACUCUGUCAAAUGGACAAUCAUUUGGCGUGUGUCAAUUCGGUUCGAUGGUCUGGCAACGGAUUGACACUCGCAUCAGCUGGCGAUGAUAAAAUUAUCAUGCUUUGGAAACGCGGCAUCGGACCAUCCACAGUGUUUGGCAGCUCAGGUAUAUCAAAGAGUGUCGAAAAUUGGCGCUGUCAAACAAUACUUCGUGGACAUUCAGGUGACAUUCUUGAUGUUGCAUGGUCUCCACAGGAUCGAUACUUAGCUAGCAGCAGUGUUGAUAAUACUAUUAUUGUUUGGUGUAUGAAUAAUCUGCAGACAAUCACAACGCUUAAAGGUCACAGCGGACUAGUUAAAGGAGUUGCAUGGGACCCGGUUGGCGCAUUUUUGGCAUCACAAAGUGACGAUCGGACAGUUCGAGUGUGGCGAACAAAAGAUUGGGGCUGUCAAAAGGUAAUCAGCGAGCCAUUCGAAGAAUGUGGCGGCACAACACAUGUUCUACGAUUAUCCUGGUCACCAGAUGGUUUAUACUUGGUGUCAGCACACGCAAUGAAUGGAGGUGGUCCAACGGCACAAAUAAUUGAACGAAACGGUUGGAAAUGCGACAAAGAUUUCGUGGGUCAUCGAAAAGCAGUGAACUGUGUGCGUUUUAACCAGUCAAUCCUGCAACGCAAAGAUUCAUCAAAGAAGAUGCAAUAUUGCUGUUUGGCCAUUGGUUCGCGUGAUAGAUCUGUUUCGAUUUGGUGUACAACCUACAAACGACCGUUGGCCGUGGUAAAAGACUUGUUCAGUGAUAGUAUUUUGGAUUUGUCAUGGGGUCAAAUCAAAGAUCAAACCAUUCUAUUGGCAUGUAGCACGGAUGGCACCAUCGCUGCUUUGUUGCUAUCAGAAGAUGAAAUCGGAAAAUCACUCUCGGCAGAAGACAAGAACUCCGUAUUCCAGCGUGAAUACGGCAAGUGCAUUGAUCUCAAUCUGAGCGAAUCGAGCAUGGAUAAAGGCAUUGUACCGGAAUACUCCGAGCUAUUAAAUGUUGAAGAGAGCAAUAAGUCUGCAGAAGCAAACGUAUUAAAUAACAAUAACAUCACCAACAAUAAUGUACCAAAUAACAAGAGUACGCCACAAUUCGGUGACAUUGAAAUGGAUUCGGUGCCGAUAUCAACAAAACCAGCCAUUCCACAGAAUACCACACCGGUCAAAGCAAUCGAGAAACAAAUCGAAACCCGUCGUGCCGAUGGUAAACGUCGCAUCACACCAAUGUUUGUACCCAUCUCCGUUGAACAAGACAGCAAUGAAUUGGCCAAAGAAGCCACAUCGGUUGUUGGUUCAGCGGGAAAUAUAUCGAACACAGCAGCACUUGAGAAGAAAAUGAACGAGCAAAUGUCAAAGGGAAGCGUUGUCUUUGAUUCGGCCAUUAUAGAUAGCAGCGUAGCAGACACAAGCACAAACACAAUUGCGAUAUCCAAUGAAGCUUCCGUUCAGAAAUCUCCACCGAUCAGAAUAAAUACUGCCCAACUCGACAAUCGUCUUACAAAGGUUCCACCGGCUAGAGCCACAAUCACAACAGUGCCUGUGAAGGAAUCGGGCGAUAUUGAUGAACCAGCACUACGACGAACAAUCAUAAAAAAUGUCAGUGCCGGCAAAUCAGUACCAUACACCAAAAUUGAACUCAAAGUCUACAACGAAUUUCAAGUCAAGAUUCAAAAUAGCUUCACAUCGACGUCAGCUGGACCGAUUUGCAAAGUGAUUGGAUUUGUGUUGAAUAAACCGACCUGGGAAACGUACAUUGGAUCACCGGUGGUAAACUUCUGUCUUUGUGCCAAAUAUGUGCUCAUAUGCAGUAAGGACAGUACCAUCCGAUUUUUGGAAAUUCAGAAUGGAAUUGCGGUCUUGCCAAUACUGCAAAUGCCCAGCCCAGUGAUUCAAUGCGUUUUCAGCAUAAAUAGUGAUUUAGGUGGUGUUGUCACCGAAUGUGGUCAAAUUCGUGUAUGGAAUCUCAAUGAAGGUUCCAUUUACAUAACAGCUACUUGCCAUGAUCUAUUCCCGAGCACAUCGACAUUGAAACCAGUAGUUUCCUACUUCCACGUGACGGAAGCGGGAAUUCUUUACAUCAUGUUAUCCAAUGGUUGUGCAUACUCAUACAGCAAGAAUCUUGAAAGCUGGAUCACAUUGAACAGUCGCGACCCAAUCAUUCGACUUGGAAUAUCAACACUACCGCACAAUCCGUAUAAGACAAUGAAAAAGUAUCCGCUUGGAUUGAUUCAGUCAACAACACAAUUGCAGCAACCAAAUUUGCCGAAUUUACAAGAUUCGAUAAACACUUCAUGGAAACACACAGCCCGACUCUCAUUCAUUGAAAAUCAAAUUGAAACUUCAAAAGCGAUUCAAUCGCCCAUGGAAUUAGAGCAUUGGUAUUCGGUGCUUGGUGUCCACCUGUCAAUGCAUGGCGAUGAGAAACGAAUCCGAUCUCAUUUGGAUGACUUACUGGGUACACCGAACAGUUUGAUGGUGGUCGACGAAGAUGAACCGAUAAAAGAAAAGAUUUUGGGAAUCGAGAAGCACAAGUUGUUGAGUUGCGUGUUGGAUCAUUUGAAACAAAUUCCACGGUGGCAACGCAUCUACAUCGAAUACUCACAGCAAUUGAAAGACUUAAAUAUUUGAAAUAAAAUACACAUUGUUUUUCUUUUUGAUAAUUUAUUUGAUGUAAUAUUUUCGCUCUAUUAAAUGGUGGAUACAGAUAAUAA